AACACUCGAACCCCACAAACAAGGCAACAUUUUUAACUGUUCCUUCCUGUCGCUGUAGGUUAGUAAUUCCUGGUGUACUGACUUUGUGAACGUUUAGAAUAAUUUGAUUGUCUGUCUUUCCGAACAUGACGUGGUUUGUUGUUUGUUGUUGAAAUCAAAAGUGAAAGUAGAAUGUGUUCUGCUUCAAUUUACCAUAAAGACACUUCCACGAUGGUGACAGGAGUCAUUUUGUUUGGACUCUUCACCACCUGCGUGUGUGUGUCCAGGGUUGCUGAUGUGGUUCUGUCCUGUGAGUUCAUUGAGGACUCAGUCAGAGUACAAGGUGGUUCUGCCUUUGCCAGAACUCCGGCCACUCUCAUCUUGAGGGAUGUCGCCAUCACUUCCAGUGAUGAGUCGCUCGAAGCGCUCACGCCAUUUGUUCCACCAUUCAAGCCGGAUCCAGACCUCAUUCUGUUCGAGCGCAAAGCGUCGUCAGUGGAGAUUCCCAACAUGGAGUUGCUACUCCACGCCGACUGCAACCAGCAGGAGGUGAUGUGCGAAAUAACCUCUUAUACCCCCCACGGCUCAAAGAAGGAGUCGGGCUCUGGUUAUUUCAUGGUGUCCAUCGAUGUGGAAGGUGUGGACUUCAGCGCUAUGUUGAUCCUCCACACCGUGCCUGUGGUUACGGACCAGUUGUCCCUAAUGCAAACUACACUGGGCUUGCCAAUGACCCAUGCUGGAACGUUGCUGACUGAGAUGCCCUUUGUGGUGUUUUCCACUGUCAAAGCUCCAUCUGCCCCUUUGAGAGGCAAUGGCCUCCUCGGCUGUGGUUUCAGAUACCUCGAGGCAUCGCCUGAUGAAGAAGUGCACAUUGAGUGGCGACAACAGCAUCGAGGAGAAGGCCGGAAAAUCCUCACGGUGAAGACAAAGCUGAACGAUCCAGAAGGGAGCACGGAGGUGCAUCAUGACAGAGAGGAAUCGAGUGUGGAUGCUAUCCAGGUUGUUGGUCAAGGAGACGCAUCUGUGACGCUGAACAAUUUAAAGGUGACGGAUGAGGGCGCCUACAUCUGCUCUGUGUCUUUAGGUCCUUUCCAUGGCCAGCAGGUGGUUAAUCUCCAGGUCGUUCAAGCCCCCAUUGUUUCACUCUCAGAAACAAAGCUGGUUUUAAAGGCAGACACCGCAAAGACUAUAAGAUGCCAGUGCAGUAAAUACUUCCCUCUGGAUGCUCAGGUGGAGUGGUUGUCACGCUCGCUGACAGACAAGGAGCCCACCAUCUUCCCCGAUCAGGGCUCGCUGUCCAGCCACCGGAGGCAUAGAGACGGCACGUAUACACUCUCGUCCCGCCUCACCGUGCCCUCCACUGUCACCCAGGGAACUGAAAUCAUCUGCAAAGUGUCACACCCAGCUCUGGAUGCUCCUCUCUUUGUUAGCCUAAUGGUAGAACACCAGGAAGCAGAUGACUACUGGUGGGUGCUGUGCUUCCUGUUUGUCACGGUGCUCUUCUUCUACCAGCUCCUCAAAUAAUUGCCGGUAGAUAGCCACUGUUUCCCUUCAUUACAUUUAGGCUAUAUUUUAUUACUGACUUGAAUGAAAACUCAAGUUCAGGUUGUUAUCUGUACUUUGCACAGGAAUUUCGAAAUCAUUUGAUGGUUUUUGUGCAUUAUUGUUUGAGUUUAAAUAAGCAAGUAAGAGUGAGUAAAUUAUUGUGGUGCAUUAAAGAAGUUUAUUUUGAACAUGCUUUACAAAAUGACAUUGAAGUACGCAACAUGUUUCCACUUGCACAAUUCAACAUGUCUGAAAGGGGGUAGGAAAUCUUACCCCCGUUACUGAUAGUCUUUUGCAAGUUUGCAUGUGAAAUCCAUGUAAGAAAAAGUGUUAUUAAAAAUGACGCCUGAUAUUGAUAAGAACAUACCAAUACGCCAUCCAUCUGUUCAUCCAUUUUCUAUGCCGCUGGUCCUCAUUAGGGUCGUAGGGGUAUGCCGGAGCCUAUCCCAGCUGACUUUGGGCGAGAGGCUGGCUACACCCUGGCCUGGUCACCAGCCAAUCACGGGGCACAUGUAGACAAACAACCAUUCACACGCACAUUCACUUCUAUGGACAAUUUAGUGUUUUCAGUUAACCUAACAUGCAUGGUUUUGGGAUGUGGGCAGAAACCGGAAUACCCGGA